GUGCGUCAUCGAUGUACAGGUGCUCUGGCAGAAUCUGCGUGAUUAGCUACAAGUCACGGGAAUGGUACCCCUUCAAAAUGUUCGCCCAUGCCCCCCCCCAAAAAAAAACCCUAACUGUGGACGCUGUGAAUUCCGUGGUUUCAAGAAAAUGCGGCCUGUUGAAUAAUUAUUGACUGAAGUCAGGGUUAAACCCGUGUGUUUAGUUUGUGGUGAGCCGGUCGCCCUGUUGAAGGACGUAACGAGACGAAGCAAGCGGGAAAAAUCCAGACAUUCGACUGAGGCCGGGAGAGCGCAGAUAUCCGAAGAUUCGCUAAAGCGACGCUAGAAAAACAACAAAGCUAUUUGACCAAACAACACGCAGCCCGGGAACCAUCAACCAGGACCGGCUAUGUGUUAGCCCACGACAUCGCGAAGAAACACCAAGCCUUUUUUUGGAGGGGAGGAAUUCGUUCAAGAGUGCUUGGUGGACUCUGGAGCGCGAAUAUGUCCGGAGCAACAAAAGAAGUUCAACAAAUCCAGAUCGUCCACCGAUAUGACAUCAUACUGAUCCAGGAAGUCCGAGACAAUGACCUCUCAGCCACCCGAAAACUCAUGCACCAUGUCAACAAAGGUACUCCACGAUUUAGGUACAAGCACAUCGUCAGUGAGCCUUUGGGUCGUAGUUCCUACAAGGAACGAUAUCUCUUUCUAUAUAGGGAGGAGACCGUGUCAGUGGCCAAAAGCUACACUUACGAUGACGGUUGUGAGCCCUGCGGGACCGACACCUUCAUCAGGGAGCCCUUUGUCGUCAUGUUCUCUUCAAAUGACACGGCUGUGAGGAAUUUUGUCCUGAUCCCACAACACACAUCGCCAGACUUGGCCUUGCAGGAAGUGGACGAGCUGUACGACGUGGUGACCGAUGUCCGCACCAGAUGGCGCAGCAAUGACAUCAUCCUUCUCGGCGACUUCAACACGGACUGCAGCUAUGUCGCGGGCUCCGAGUGGCAGCAGAUCCGCCUCUUUACGGACAAGAGCUUCCAUUGGCUGAUCCCCGAUGAGGCAGAUACCACGGUGUCGCACACCGACUGCGCGUACGACAGGAUCGUGGUGACGGACGACAUGAAGAAGGGAGUGGUGGACCGCAGCGCUGAGGUGUACGACUUCAUGGUGGAUCUGAAUCUCAGCUUCGGGAUGGCGUUAGCUGUCAGUGACCAUUUCCCCGUGGAGGUGAAGCUGCUUGUUUAAGCCCGAGACUGGCGAAUUCCCCCCCUGCGCAAUCUCAACAUUCACCGGGACUCCACAAGAAUCACAUGAAUUAAAUCCCUGCCCUGCUAAAUCCAGUUACUACUCCGUCCGCCUUUUGUGACUUCAUGCAUGGCUAUUGAGAUGUUUCACGUGGACCAUUUGGUGAACAUUCAAACACAAUUUCGCCUGCUUAUUUGUACCGUGACAUGUUAAGAUUCAAAAUGCGAAUUACAAAUGAUUCACAUUCUUGAAAAAAGGAAAAUAGUCUUGUCACCGUGACGCCGAUCCUUAAUGGUAUUGCAUAAUAGGUGCAGUUGUGCAGUUUGCAGAAUGAUCAGAAUUUAUUUCAAAGCCUGGUGUUGUACACUCAUGGCUUUUGUUAGUACACAAAUGCACGUGGAUCACUGUACACCAGUGGCAUUAAUACACUUCAAGGCUGCAACAGCUCCCACCCCCUCUCAAAAA